AUGGCGUCUCCUGUUGUCGAAAAGCUUCGGAACGUCGUUCGAAACUCGGACCCUCGAUGGGGCGCGAAGCAUUUUCUCAUUAUUGUGGGACUGCAGGGCCUGUUUCUCCUCGCUCUUCUGUUCGUAAAUGCUCGGUACUGGGACAUACAAGGCUUUUCAGGACAGUACUGGUUCACCAGUCUCUGCAUAUUCGGCCUCACAGGCCUCUCCUUCCUCAUCCUCCUCCUCGAACUCGCCCUUUUCUUCUCCCGACAUUUCCCCGUCGGCCUCGCCAUCUUUUUCAACACGCUCUUCACCAUCCUCUGGGUCGUCCUCAUCCUCUUCUACUGGCUCGCCCAAUCGAACGGCAUCUGGGCGCUUUCCGACCCAGAAUACACCGAAAUCUGCGCCGACCCCGCCGCCUUCCUCUCUGCGUUCAACUCUACGCACUCCGCGUCCUAUUCCGAUGAAUACGGAUAUUCAUCCGAUCCGCUGUCCGAAUACGACGACUCCAACCUAACAGACCCACACGGCUCCAUCCUCACCCAACUCCAGCACACCUGCGAAGGCGCACGUCUCUCCGUCUCCUGGUUCCCGCUCAUCCUCAUCAUCCUCGUUCUCAUUUUCUAUUUGUCGAUAUUGAGUUGUGUGACGUGUUCGAGGAAUAGGACGAGGAGGAGGUGGACGAAGUUCGUCAGUCGCAAUCCGGGCUAUGCGGUCGUGGCUCCUCCGCCUGCUGGUGCUAGUUCGGUGAAUAUCGCGGAGUUGAGGGAACAUAGCGGAGGUGGAGGUGUUGGUGGUGGUAUGGGCGCAGGUGCGGGGAGGGAAGUGGUGGAAGGAGAGACGGUGCUGAGGGAUGGCGUGGCGUAUAGGUGGGCGCUUGUGCCGACGGCUGGUGUUGUCGGACAGGGCCAGGGGGGUGGUGGUUCCGAGGAUAUGCAGAUGGCUGAACGCAGACGAGAUCGAGACAUGGGAGAACUCCAACCUCAAACCGUCGCUGGCCCGCAGGAGGCGGAGGGGUUGGUCAUUGGGAGGGCUGCGACACCGCUACGGGAGACCUUCGAGGAUCACAGUGGUGGUACGAAUAUUCAGAGUCGCGGUGAAUCGGAGGAGGGAAUCGCGGUUGUGAGGUGAUUAGGAUCUUGGUUGUUUGGUUGUUGUUAUCUUUGGGAUAUUCAUGGUGACGUCGGAGGUGAAAUAUAUGGACUCUGUGGGUGUACCUUCUUUUCUAGAAUUUCAAGGUGAUAUAGUCGUUCGUUCAUCCCUGUUUUUAUCUUUAUGGACAGAUACCUUAUUCAUGGUGUUGUAUACCCUGCGUCUUUCGAACGGAUUGUAUGUCCUGCGCAUAUAAGUAUGCUUCGUCUUUAGUGAUUGACCUCUGCGAUCUGAGUCCUUGCAAUAGCGAUGGUUGUCCAUUCACUUCUUCACCGUCUUCUCCCAUCUCUCUACUUCACCUCUCCAUGUCAUGGCCACCUCUUACGGCGACAUUGUACUUCCCGUCAUGCUCAGCCGCCCGCCCACGGCUUCUGACGGCGUUCAUGGAACAUGUUAAC